UUUCAGUACAGUAUCAGAACUCUAAAUUUUUCAUGUACUCAAACCAAAUAAUAAAAAUAAAAACCAAACAAACAACAACCGUUGCGCUCAACGGUUAAAGAGCAAAGAGCCGGUUGAACGCUGCCCGGCAUUUAUCCUCGUUACUGUUGGUCAUUAUUUUACUGUAGCAUCGCAUUAUUUGUCCUCAAUAAUGUCGAAUGUGCACUAAGCUCUGUCAAGAAUUCUCUGUGCCUGCUUAUCCAGACUUAAUAAUUCUUCUUCAUUCUAUUAUAACCUUGCACACUUUUGACAACUGUUCCCGUUAAAAUGGAUAGCUUAAUUGAUUUCAACAGCCCUAAGCUGAGGAGAGAGGAUUUACCUCUCAUACCAGGAAACUUUCUGGGGUCAAUGUCACACCCCUUCCCUGUGUCCGGAGAAGAAAGCAACCCUUUCGAUAUGGUUGUCUGCCAAGUUGCCGCCAAUGCUGCUGCAGAGAAUGACCCUUUUGAAAUGGUUCUUCACGAUGCUAUUAACUGCCAGGUGGUCAACAAAAUGGACUUAAACAUUGCCAGGGAAAACUCCUGUCCCAAGCUAGAUAAGGAAAGAGUAAGGAAGUCAAUUUCUUUACCAGACUUGAGACCUUCCGCUAGUGACUCAAAUUCCAGAGCACAGGAGACUGAACAUAUUGGAAGUGAGUGUGUGGCCCCAGAACAAUGUUUUCAGGACACCUUCCAUUCUGUCCCCCAAAAUGAUUACUUUCAGAGUGAAACUGUUAAUAAUCAUGAUUCUGCUGGAUGGAAUUAUUUGGAAGACAUUCCCCCUCCUGACUCACUUCUGAAUGCAACUGUAGAUAUGUCAUGCUUUCUUGAUGACACCCUAUCAGCAAAUAUUUCAAGCAAGCAGAUUGUACAGCACCCAUUACCUUCUGGUCUGCCAGAAAAUCAGCUCAGUUUUGUUGAUUCCCUUGGAUUAGAAGAACCUUCAAAGGCAAAUGUUAAGUCUGAGGAGCAAAUAGUAUUAUUGGCACAGAAGAAAAUUGAGAAUAUCAUAUCAAAAGCUACACUGGCAGUUCAAAAUGACAUUCAAGAUUCCAUCAUUCAGAGGAGAUUAUCAUCGCAGUUACUUACUCCCUCUCAGGAAGCUCUGUCAUUCUGCACACCCAAAAGGUCAAAAGAAACACGUUCCAGGCCUAGCAUAGAGCCAUCAUUGUCUGUUCAAGAGUGGUCCAGAAAUGAAAUUAUGAAACUAAAUAUUGUUUUGCCUGAACCUCCCAAAAAAUCUAUUGUCAGUCAAGAUUUUGAGUCUGACAUAGAUAAAAUUUGCAACUCUUUUAUGAAUGAUGAGGCAAAUAUCAGCUCUGAAGAAAUGCCAACAGGAGAUUUAUCUUUUUCUUCGCCCUUGAAACAAGUAAUAUCUCCUAAGCAGAAGGAAGGGAAAAUCCUACCCUCUGGUGCUGAAUCACUAAUGAAAAGCCCAGAUUUGUCUUCUUCACCCUCCCUUCUGCCUCUUCCUCUAUGUGAGGAUGCUGUGCGUAACUUGAGUCUUUGCUCUAAGUACUCCCCCUCAAAGGGCAGCACUCAUCAGAACAAAUCUUCUUUAGGUGUCGCACAAUCUACACACUCAAGUACUCUUGAGCAAACUGGAAAGCAAACCAAGCUAUUUUUAAGGAAAUCUGUUGUGCCAUCCAAAACAAGUUCUAAAAUGGCCCCCAUGAAAGCUACAGCACCUGUCCAGAAUAUGACAAGGGCAAAAUCAUCUCUUAUCACCUCUGCAAAACUUGACAUAAAUAAUGCAGUAUCUAGCAUUGCAAGAAAAUCUGUCUCUAAGAUGCCACAGUCACCUAGGUGUGCUAUGAGUGGGUCUCUUCCUAACCUUUCAACCCAUGGAAGUAAGGCACCAUCAAGACUACCUUCACCUCGAAGGUCUGUUGCACCAGUGCAGGAGCCUCUAAAUAUGAUGAUGAAGAGACAUACUGAAAAUAGAAGGGAGAAAAGUACUAAUCAGAUUUCAACAUCAACUGCUCCACUUCAUUCCUCUCCAAGACCUAUUCGUAAAGGAUCUCUAAGCAACAAGUCAGGAAGAGUACUUGCAGAUGUUAACACUUCCUGCAGUACUAGAAUGACUCCAAAAUACAAAAAUAUUCAUUCUGAUAGUCCAAGAAGAGGAAGAUCAAUUGUAACUGAAAAGGAAAACUUUUUGUAAAAAUUGUUUUUUUUUCCUGGACCAGCUUUUCUAUAUAAAAGAACUUUCUUUGUGAAGGAAGAUAACCAAUUGAGUAUUUUUUUAUCACUUGAUGAUACUAAAAUACCCAUCUAGCUGUAUUUUUUCUUAAUCUAAGUGCACAUAUAUUAUUUGAUGACCCUCUUACUGUGCUCUUUUGUUGUUCAAUAAUCUGGACAGUAUUUGUUAAAUAUAUUUAAUUAACAAAACACUCAUAACAAUCUAAAA